CUUAUAUCUUUGGACAAGAUGGCGGAAAGGUUCCCCAUCUGAAACGUCGCUCAUUCCUUCUCUCCAGAGACGCUGCCUGUCCCGCUGAGUUACUCCAGCAUCUUGUGUCUAUCUUUGGUCAAGGGGGAGGGGUCACCAUCCACCACCUCCUGCCUCAUCUCCAUUUCCCCUCCAAAUCCCCUUCCAUCUCCUCUCCCCUUUCCAUCUCCCCUCUCCCCAUCUAGCCUCUCCCCAUCUCCCCUCACACAUCUCUCCCCACACUUCUCCACCUUCACCAUCUCACCCUCACCACAGAAGGUACACGGACAAGAUGGAGUUACAGAUGAAGCAGCAGGACACCAGAAGCCUGUGGCAGGGGCUACGGAUUGUAACCAACUACCGAAGCACCGCUCCCUCAUCCGCAUGUGCCAGCACCUCCCUAGCUGACGACCUGAACUCCUUCUACGCUCGUUUCGAGAGGGGCAACACCACUCCAGGGUGUGGACUGUCUGGACUCAUCCCAAUCAAUGGACUAUAAAAACACCACACACUGUCUCUGGUCCAGCCAUUUCUCGGAAGGAAGACGGAAUCCUGAACAGCAGCAUGAGCGACACACUGAGGGAGUCGUUGUUGGUGAAGCUCGGCCAGCUUCAGUGCCACUUCACGUGGAAGCUAAGGAUGAACAACAGUGACCUGGACGACGUGAAGCAGAGGUUGCAGGAUUCGAUUAUCAUCGGCGGGAAUCACCAAGGCGUGCCGCACAACCAGCUGGCUUACAUCAACUACCUGCAGGGCAACUACGAAGAAGCUCUCCGUGACUUAGAGGAGGCGGAGAGACGUCUGAGGGAGAUCCACGGGGAUGGAUUUGAGAGGAGGAGCAUCGUCACGCAUGGCAACCGGGCCUGGUUGCAUUACCACAUGGGGCAACUCAGCGAGGCCCAGUCCUACCUCGACAAGCUGGAGGUGAUGUGUGGCCCCCUCACACAGGGCCCGCACGACACGGCAAUGGUGCCCGAGGUGUGGGGGGAGAAAGGGUGGUCUUUGCUGAGCUCCCACUCUCAGUGCUGUGAGGAGGCGAAGGAAUGUUUCGCCAGGGCUCUGGAGGAAGAUCCCGACAACACGGAGUGGAACAUGGGCUACGCCACCGCUCUGUUCCGUCUGGCACCGAGUUCCGGGAUCCCGGAAAACCCCGAAGUGAGUCCGUCGGUGAGACAGCUGAGACGGGUGCUGGAGCUCGAUCCGGGUGCAUCUGUGGCCAGGGUGAUGCUGGCCCUCAGGCUCCAAGAGUUCCAGCAAAAGGCAGAAGCGAAUGAAUUGGUUAAAGAAGCGUUGCGGACAAGCCCAGAUUCUCCAUAUGUGCUCCGCUAUGCAGCAAAGUUUUACAGGAAACAGCACGAUGCUGAUAAAGCGAUAGAGGUGUUGAAGAAAGCCUUAGAAUUCACUCCGCGCUCUUCCAUCUUGCACCAUCAAAUGGGUAUCUGCUACAGGAAAAAACUAUUGAAUCUGACUAAAAAUAAAGGCAGUCGAGACCCAGUCAUGGAGGCUGAGUUGAUCAGCCGUUGCAAGCACCAUUUUGGAACGGCAUUUCAACUGAGGCCAUCGGAUGUAUUUGCAAAGCUGGAUUUUGCCAGCAUCUGCUUAAUGAAUGGUGAAUCAGACAGGGCGGAGGAGAUAUACAACGACCUCCGGAGUUUAGAGGAUAUUGCUCCAGAUGAAAAGCAGGCAAUAGAGUUACAGCUUGGAUUAUAUGAACUGUAUCACACCAAAUCUGAAUCAAACGCCAUCCACCAUUUUAUGGAAGGCCUUAAAAUCCAGCGCGGCACGAAACAAGGGAAAAUUUGUUACACUAAGUUGGAGAAGAUUGCAAGAAGGCAAAUUACCAGGAACCCGUACAACAGCAGAGCCUGGGGUAUCCUGGGGUUUCUUCACCGAGAAGCCGGGGAGAAUUCUGAAGCUGUUGAAUGCUAUGAAAAGGCCUUGCGGUGGGAUCGUGGCAACGAAGAAUAUCUCAGCGCUCUUCGUGAAUUGCGCCCUUCUACUUAGGCUGGAGAUACCAGGACCAGGAGGUUUGGUGCCCGUUUCUCUGACUGAUCUACAGUGAUCCCAUCUCUCAACAAACCUUCACAUUCAACCAGAGGUGGAUCAGAGCUGCGUUGUGGAGGAUGUGACGCCAUUUCACGUGCGUCCGAUGCGAUGGUCAGAAUAGAGGCACCAGCAGUGAUUUCCCAGCCCGUUACUCAAUGGUCACAAAUUCACCUGGACGUUAAUUGUUUGUCCACUAAAUUCUGGAGUUAAAAGUUUAGGAUUAAGUUUAUUGUUGCCACGUGUACUAAGAUACACUGAAAAGCUUUGUUUUGCUUCCUAUCCAAACAGAUCAGAGAAUACUGUACAUAAGUACAGCCGUUAAACUCAAGUACAAUAGAUAGAGCAAAGGGGAGAUUAGUUCAGUUUAGUUCAUGGUCACGUGUACUGUUAAAGGUUUAGGAUUAAGGUUUAUGUUCAUUAUUGUCACGUAUACCGGGGGACAAUGCAGAGCUUUGUGUUGCAUGCUAUCGAAAUAUAUCCGAGGCUUAAGGUGAGGUGGGGGGGGGAGGGAGUUAAUGAGAACCUGAGGGGUGCAAAACUAUAAAAGAGGGAGUUAGAACUGAUUUUUGUGUGAGAAGCACCAUCGAUGAUGUGCAAUCUGAUUUAGUUUCUAGGAUAUAAUGCCGACAAUUACGAGUUUCAACUUUUUUGUUUAAAACGUUAUGAACAUUGGGGCACGUUUCAUGAUCAAUAUUGUUUAACAUUCUGUAAUAUCAGAGUUUGUGCAUUAAAGUAAUGAAUAAAUCACUCAUAAAAUGCGACAAUUCUAGUGCAUCAUUACGCGUCAACGGUGCAGUCUAAGUGGUUUUCUUGGUCCACACUAAGGUGAACAGGAUCAGCUCCAGGGGAUUCAAGGGGCUACACGGUUGGGUAGCAGUAAUGUUGCUGCCUUACAGCGUCAGAGACCCGGGUUUGAUCCUGACUACGGGUGCUGACUGUACGGAGUUUGUACGUUCUCUCAGUGACCGUGUGGGUUUUCUCUGGGUGCUCCGGUUUCCUCCCACACU